CCGGCCAUGUCGUUCACCACGUCCGUGCGCAUCGGCCUCAAGGUGCUGCAGCUGGUGCUGAGCAUGGUGUGCCAGGCGCUGGCGGUGCACACGCUGCCGGGGAACAUGUCGACGGGCGUGCUGCAGCACAUCACGUACGGCGGCUACAUCAUCAUCGUCACCGUCACCCUCAUCGGACUCUCCACCAACGAGCGCAUACCGCGCAAAAUCGACAUGGUCUACUCGCUGACUGGCGCCACGCUGCAGAUGGCCGCGGGCAGCAACCUGAUCGACAAGGUGCGCAGGAUCCACAGCUGGCCGCCGCUGUACUACAACGGCCGCGCCUGCGGACUCGCCUGCGGGUCGCUCGCCAUCAUCAACUCCGCCUUCUUCCUGAUCGACUUCAUCAUCCCCUUCUUCGACCUGGAUGACGACGAGGACGACUACUACUACUGAGCAGCAGCUGGUCGCUCUCAUGUGAACGGCCAGAUGCGCGCCGUUCCGGUCUCGGUCCCCGUGAGGUUAUCGUGGCAAACUGCCAACUCAACUGGAACAUCUAGUGUUAAGCUGAAAGUAUACAACUGUCAAUUAUUACCAAGCGAAAAUGUGCUUUAUUACCCUGCGUCUUUUUACAGACUAUUCCAGAAACAGUUCCUCGAAUGGUCCUCUCCACGAACAGGUCUUUCUCGACAAAAAAAUUGGAAUCACACGUGCUGAACUUGUAGCAUCGUGAAACGCUUGGUGACUUCCUAAAAGCAGAAAUUAAAAUCAAAGCACUAUUUACAUUUGGUGCCGACAGUUAAAGAUAACAAGAAAAUAAGUGAAAGCAGAAGAUAACUUAAAACUUACAAGAUUUGCUUAGCUAUCACAGACAGAACCGUUGAUAAAAAAUUAACGCAGAGACAGCUCCUAGCAUGAUGGCGUAGGCGCAUCCUUCUCGUUGUAGACGAACACACUCGCAGGAAAGCAGUUUCACGAAUAAGUUUCUAGGCGCAACCAAUGCUAACUAAAGCGCAUUUCAGUCCAACGACAAAUUUCAAGUGUGCGUUGAUGUUAGACCGCCUUCCGUCUUCUCUGAACAAUUUCAUUUACGUGAGGGUGCUGUUUCAAAAAACAGGCUGCGAAUCACUGUUCUGGCAAGAAAAAUUUAUUUGUACUUUUCGUUGGUCUUUCAAGCAUAACAUAAAAUAACGCCACUCGUUUUACAAACAAGCGUAACAAUAGCCGAUCAAAUAUGGUUACCAUUUAGAAGAAGAGUAAAAAAAAUUCUCAUACUAAAUUCCGGGAGUCUUUACGUGUAGAAUUCGACGGUCUACCGUGCUACUCAACACUGCCGACAUAAUAACGUAAAAAAACUGUUUUUUUUUCUCUUCUCGCAGGCCUUUUUACACACCUUUCAUUAUA